AUGAGCCCCUACGUCCUUACAAUCUUACUAUCAAGUUUAGGCCUAGGAACAACCCUAACAUUCAUAAGCUCCCACUGACUAUUAGCUUGAAUAGGUCUUGAAAUUAACACACUAGCAAUUUUACCAUUAAUAGCACAACACCACCACCCCCGCGCAGUAGAAGCCACCACCAAAUACUUCUUAGCCCAAGCUGCUGCAGCAGCAACCAUUUUAUUCGCAAGCACUAUUAACGCCUGAGCAACAGGAGAAUGAAAUAUCUACUGCCUAACACACCCAGUUGCCACCACACUGACAAUAAUAGCAUUAGCACUAAAAGUAGGUCUAGCUCCAACCCACUUCUGAAUACCACCCGUCAUGCAAGGCUUGGACUUAACCACCGGACUAAUCAUGGCUACUUGACAAAAAUUAGCACCAUUUGCACUAAUUAUUCAAGUUGCCCCCUAUACACACCCACAACUAUUAACCGCACUAGGACUACUAUCAGUUUUUAUUGGCGGCUGAGGCGGCUUAAAUCAAACCCAACUACGAAAAAUCCUAGCCUACUCAUCAAUUGCCCAUCUUGGAUGAAUAAUUGUAAUUGUACAGUUUAAACCAGAACUAACCAUCCUCGCCCUCACUACAUAUAUCAUUAUAACAUCAGCAACAUUUCUAACAUUCAAACUGCUACACUCCACAAAAAUCAACACAUUAGCCAUAAGCUGGGCCAAAACACCAACCAUCACGACCAUCGCCGCCCUUGCCCUACUAUCCUUAGGCGGACUCCCACCCCUAACAGGUUUUAUGCCAAAAUGAUUAAUUAUACAAGAACUAACCACACAAAAUUUACCAUUAACCGCAACAAUAAUAGCAUUAAGCGCACUACUGAGCCUAUACUUCUACCUACGACUAUGCUACUCAAUAACCCUCACAACCUCCCCCAACACAAACAAUUCUCUAACCCCAUGACGCCUACACAACACACAAAACAUAAUUCCUCUAGCCAUUUCAACAACAAUAACCCUACUACUCCUGCCACUAACCCCGCUAGCCCAAGCACUAAUAAGCU